GCCACGGUCCACAGAAGAGGAUUAAAAUCAGAUAUCUUAAAGUCCAAGACGAGAUAGAACUAUCUCCAAACUAGAACCAGAAGCAUUUUAAGCUCUAGAGUAUUUUUGUUUUUUUUUUUUGUUUUUGCCAACCCAUUUUGGCCAAAGUGUUGGGUGUGUUUAGUAGUGCCAUGUUUCAGGAUAAAGGAUGGAUCCUGGUGACCCUGAUCACCUUGGCAACUCCCUCGUGGGCGGCCUAUAAGCUCCAGGAGCGAUACAGCUGGAACCAACUGGACUUCGCCUUCCCGAACCCCCGACUUAAGGAUCAGGCUCUGGCCAGUGGCGAUUAUAUUCCGCAAAAUGCUCUUCCCGUUGGAGUCGAGCACUUUGGCAACAGGCUAUUCGUCACGGUUCCCCGCUGGCGAGAUGGAAUCCCCGCCACUCUGACGUAUAUAGAUAUGGUUCGCAGUCUCACGGGCUCGCCGGAACUGAUUCCGUAUCCGGAUUGGCGUUCGAACACGGCCGGAGAUUGCGCCAAUAGCAUCACCACCGCCUACCGCAUUAAGGUGGAUGAGUGCGGUCGUCUGUGGGUCCUGGACACCGGAACCGUGGGCAUUGGCAAUACCACCACCAAUCCGUGCCCGUAUGCCGUAAACGUGUUCGAUUUGACCACGGAUACGCGGAUUCGGAGGUACGAACUUCCUGGCGUGGACACCAAUCCGAAUACUUUUAUUGCCAAUAUUGCUGUGGAUAUUGGCAAGAAUUGCGAUGAUGCUUAUGCCUAUUUUGCCGAUGAAUUGGGCUAUGGUUUGAUCACUUACUCCUGGGAAUUGAAUAAAUCCUGGAGAUUCUCGGCUCAUUCGUACUUCUUCCCCGAUCCCUUGAGGGGAGAUUUCAAUGUGGCUGGACUUAAUUUCCAAUGGGGCGAGGAGGGUAUCUUUGGAAUGUCCCUUUCGCCCAUUCGAUCGGAUGGUUAUCGCACCCUGUACUUUAGUCCCUUGGCCAGCCAUCGACAAUUUGCCGUCUCCACGAGGAUUUUGAGGGACGAGACCAGAACGGAGGAUAGUUACCAUGACUUUGUGGCCUUAGAUGAACGUGGUCCGAAUGCCCAUACCACUGCGCGAGUAAUGAGCGAUGACGGUGUGGAACUGUUCAAUUUAAUCGAUCAAAAUGCAGUGGGCUGCUGGCACUCAUCGAUGCCGUACACCCCACAAUUCCACGGUAUUGUGGAUCGCGAUGAUGUGGGUUUGGUAUUCCCGGCUGACGUCAAGAUUGAUGAGAACAAAAAUGUCUGGGUUCUGUCGGAUCGGAUGCCUGUUUUCCUGCUCUCUGAUUUGGACUAUGCAGAUACCAACUUCCGUAUUUACACGGCUCCAUUGGCCACUUUAAUCGAGAAUACGGUGUGCGAUUUGAGUAACAAUGCCUUUGGACCAUCGAAUACGGUUUCUAGUCCCAAACAAGCCGCACUGCCCAUUGGUCCACCAUUGUAUACCAAACAAUAUCGUCCUGUUUUGCCGCAAAAACCGCAGACGAGCUGGGUUUCUUCACCGCCGCCGCCUAGUCGCACUUAUUUGCCCGCCAAUCCGGGAAAUGUGGUCUCCAGCAUCAGUGUUUCUACAAAUACAGUGGGACCGGCCGGAGUUGAGGUGCCAAAAGCUUACAUUUUCAAUCAGCACAAUGGCAUUAACUAUGAGACCAGCGGUCCACAUCUCUUUCCUACCCAUCAACCCGCGCAAUCGAGCGCACAGAAUGGAUUGAAAACCUAUGUGAAUGCCCGCCAAUCUGGAUGGUGGCACCACCAGCAUCAGGGUUAAUAUUAACCCAAAUUGGUAUACGGGGAUCAUCACACUUGUUGUAUAGAAUAUUUAAAGACACGCAAAAAAAACAAAAAAAAAACACACAAAAAAAAACACUCAUGAACAGCGAACCAUAUACCCAGGGCAACAGCGGUUAUUUUAUAAAUAAAACUCGAUUCGCAAGUGGCAAAUCAAGAAUUUCACCUAGUUUUGAAUUUUAA